UCGGGUGAGGAAAUUUACUGUAAACCAACAGCCAGACCAAGCUAGCAGAGAUAGUGUCAGUUUGAUGCCAAAACCACAGUUCAUCAAACAGAAACUGAAUACUCCAGAGGACACGUCUGUUUAGGGUCAGCUCUACGCCUGUCAACCUUAAAUUGAGGGAUGAGGGCGCUGACUUUGCAGCAGCCAAAUGUGGCCAAAGGAGAGCAGCAGCAGGCCACAUGUGGGAGAAGCUUGUCUUCCAACUAUGUUCCUCUGAGUCUGGAGAAUAAGUUCUUAGCGCAGACCUCCACACUGAUGCCUCAGCCUCACUCUCCACUGUUAGAUUUUGCAGCAAAUCCUUCCUCUUGUCCCUCUCUCCAGCCUUCCAGUCUGUCUUCCACCUCAUCAUCCCUUCUCUCCAGCUCUUCCCUCUCGCCCUUCCUCACCUCCCCUCUCCUCGCCUCCCCUCUCCUUGCCUCCCCUCUCCUCAGCACCGAGAACAAGCUCCUAGCUAGCUACUCUCCGCUCUCCUCUGCCCCUAAUGCGUCUUUGCUCUCCACAUCCUUGAGCAGCAGUGCUCUGCGCAAUCGCUUUUCUCACACUCCUUCAUUCCUACAUCAUGCUCUGGAUGAGGAACAGAAGAGGGAUGAUGGAGAGGACGAAGACGGAGAUGAAACAUCUGAAGUGAUGCAGUCCUGUUGUGAAGAAAUAAGUGUGACAUAUUCUGAGGAAGAUGACGAUGUUUCAUCUGAAGGGGAGGAGAAGGAGAUGGAGGAGGAGGAUGCUGGGACAAUCAUGAAAUUACCUGCCCUGGAAAUAGUUAACCAGGAAUUCGAACAUAUUUUGGACAUCAGACAGGAGGAAUUUGCUGAGGUUGAGAGAGGAGAUGAUAAGAUUGAAGAGGAGCGGAAGGACAAAAAGUAUCUCCUGCUGAACUCUGUGUGUUGCUCCUUGGUCAAUAAGAGCAAAGCUCCAGGUGAGAAGGACUGGGACUCAGAGGACAGUGUUUGGACCAGGAUCACAAACCUCGCAAAGGAGAUUUCUGAGUAUGACCCAGAGUUUCCUCUCAAGGUGGCGGUUUACACUCGACAGCAGUUGAACAUCCGCAUCACAGCAAACUUCUUAUUGGCACUGGCUGCCAAUCUGCCCUCCACCAAGCCACAUGUCCGCAGGUACUUCUGUACUGCAGUGCAGCUGCCCUCAGACUGGCUGGAAGUCAUUAGAAUCUAUAGCAUGUGCUUCAGCCGCUCCAUGCCAGCUUGCCUGAAGAAGGCGAUGGCUGACAAGUUCAAGCAGUUCAGCGAGUAUCAGCUGGCCAAAUACAACACACGCAAACACCGCUGUAAACACAACCGCAACAGGCGCAAAGCCAAGAAACCCACUAAUGAGAAGCUGAGUACGUGGGCAGGGUUGCUCAGAUCACAUGAAUCUAUGCUGAAGAAGUUUUUGCAGUUAGAGGAGAAAAAGGUGGUAGAUAAAAAGCAGAGUGAGUUCAGUAUAAAGAAGAUGAUCAAGAGGCUUCACAUUAAAGAACCGGCUGAACAUGUUAUGGCCAUCCUGGGAAAAAAGUAUCCUGCUGACUUGAAGACGUUCACCCGCAGUGGAAUGAAGGGCAACUGGGACAGGGAGAGAGCCGGGAAGCGAAUGAAGCUCAAAGAGCCUGAGACAUGGGAACGGCUGGUCAGUCUGGAGGGCAACAAGGCCGCCACCUGGGAGAAGCUCAUAGACAAUAAGUCUCUUCCAUUCAUGGCCAUGCUGAGGAACCUGAGGAACAUGAUCAUUAAGGGCAUCAGUGAGGCUCAUCACAAGAAGGUCCUCAGCAGACUGACCAAUAAGAAUGCUGUUAUCCAGAGCCGACAGUUUCCCUUUCGGUUCCUUGCUGCCUACAAAGUCAUCAUGGAGCUUCACACUUUGGCCUCUGUAUCACAGAAAGCAAUCCCCUCUGUUGCUACAACCCUGGCGGAAAUCCUGAAGAAGAUUCCCAAGAGCAAGCGCUACAGUAGUCUGGAGUGGGAUAAAGCUCCAAGGAGUAGAAUCAGGGUGGCACUUGGAGUGCCCUUUGUCUAUCGACUCUACCGAAUGAAGAGGGCCCAGUACAUAAAGGCCAAUCAGAAGCUGUACACUGUUGAUCUGUUGGACCGUUACCGCAAAGCUUUGGAGACGGCGGUCCAGAUCUCCUGUCGUUUCAACCUGCCCCCACUCCCUGGACGCACCGUUAUCGUGCUCAGUAAUAACAUGAGCACUUACGCGAAACCGAAAUACGACUUCUGUCUACCACCAGACCCUGAGCAAAAGAACGAGGAGGAGGAGGACAACAACAACGAGGAUGGGGAAUGCAAGGAGCCCCCAAGCAGACGGAGGAAAGAGACAGUAGAUGAAAAGCUUACUCCUUCUAUGAGGGAGGUGGGAGCUUUGCUCUCUCUGAUGAUUGCCAGCAGUGCCGAGGACUGUCAGCUCUUGUUAAUUGAUUGGGUUCACUGCGAAGAAAUCAAGCUGAAGUCUGAUGUUCUUUUGGAUAACAUCAGGACUGUAGUGAAGCAAAUGGCCAAAACCAGGUCAGGUUAUGAAGAAAAUGAUUUCAUCGGCACAGUGUUCAACAAGUCAAACAAGGUGGACAACAUCAUCGUGGUGACUGAGAGAUGGACAGAACGCAGGACUGCAGCGACCAUCAACAACUACAGGAAGGAAAUAAAUGACAAAGCCCUCAUGGUGCAACUCUUCUUGUCAGCAGAUGGAGAAGAAGAGCUCUCGCCUGACAGGAACUGUGUGACACUGACAGGCUUCAGUGAACAAAUGCUGAGGUUUGUGGCGGAACGAGGAUCAUCGAGGCUGCUGGACCAUGUAGAGCAUUUAGACAGACUGUACAACAUCCCACCACCAGACGGAGCUAAAAGUCCUGAGGCCACAAAUAAUGUUGUGGAAAUACCAGCCAGCCCCAAGUUAAGGUGGCGAGGUGUACGCGUGUUUAUCUCCUCCACCUUCAGAGACAUGCAUGGCGAGCGCGAUAUCUUGGUGCGGAGCGUGUUCCCGGAGCUGCGGCGUCGUGCUGCAUCACACUGCCUCUACCUGCAGGAGGUGGAGCUGCGCUGGGGUGUGACAGAGGAAGAGUCAGAACGGGCCACGCAGCUAUGCCUGUCGGAGGUGUGUCGCAGCCAGAUGAUGAUAGGAAUCCUGGGGGAGAGGUAUGGCCUGGUGCCCCCCAAACCUGUCCUGCCCGACCUGCCGCAGCACGGCUGGCUGGCGUCAGCCCCAGCAGGCCUGUCUAUCACAGAGAUGGAGAUCCGUCAGUUUGAGGCUCUUUACCCCGACUCAGCGCACCAGCGAAUGCUCUGCUACUUCAGAGAUCCAAACGUCGUCAAAUCAAUUCCUGUUGCUUGGAGAUCUGACUUUGUUCCGGAAUCAAAGGAGGCUGAGUCUAAAAUGGCGUCUCUGAAGAAAAGGUUGCGGGACAAUAAAGUCAAGGUCACUGAGAAUUACCCAUGUGCAUGGGGAGGAGUAGUGGACGGGAAACCGUAUCUGAAAAACCUGGAGGACUUUGGUAAAGCAGUGCUGGAGGACCUGUGGACGGCGGUCCUGAAGCAGUUUGUGGAAGAGGAGGCAGAGGCUGAGGCUGUGUCCGGUGUAACAGAGCAGGAGGUGCACCAGGGGGCGCUGCAGAGGCAGUUCUUCGGCAGGGCGAAGCUGCUGGCCGGCGCUGUGGAUAUAGUGGGGCAGCUCCAUUCCAAAGGAGGGAUGAUGGUGGUGGAGGCGGGACCUGGAGAGGGCAAAACUGUCUUCAUGGCUGCUCUAGCAGACGCUCUCAGGACUGGAGAAAAGUCUAAGAAAAACCUUGUUUGUGACGUCUUCUCCUACUCUACAGCUGCUAGCCAAUCAGCACGCUCUGUGGAAAACCUGCUUCAGUGCCUCGUUCAGUGGUUCAGAAAGAUGAAAGAUGCUGGAAUGGAAUCACCUCUUCCCCGUUCUUACAAAGACUUGCUGUCAGAAUUUCACAUCAGAUUGGGUGAGAUGAAGAAAAAACCUGUGGUGCUGCUAGUUGAUGGGUUGGAUCUUGUCCAGGACAGCAGAGGUCAGCUCAGCUCUGAUUGGAUUCCACAGCAGAUUCCAUCGAAUGUUUGUUUAGUCGUGAGCGUCACAGGCAAAGCAGCACAGUCACAAACGCUGAUGAAGAAAAAGAGAGGUGUCCUGAUUGAACUGGGACAGCUUACCAUGCCAGACCGCAGGGAGAUAGUUGAGAAGGGACUGGACACCUUCGGGAAGAAACUCAGUGACUCUGCGUUCAACAACCAGGUGCUUCUCACAUGUUUUUCAGCCGUCGACAUCACAGCAAUGCUCCAGAUCCUGACAAUGAAGAAGGGAGCAGUGAAUCCUCUGUACCUGCACCUGGCCUGUGAAGACCUGAGGAACUAUGCCUCCUUUGAUAAGUUGAAGGAGAGCCUCGAGGACUUGCCUCAGUCUCUAAGUCAGUUGGUGCAGUACAGCCUGGACAGACUCUGCUCACAGUACAGAGACUUGUCGGGACUUCGCUGGGCUUUGGCAGCACUCACUGUCAGCACCACUGGCCUGAGGGAGAGCGACUUUUACUCUGUGCUGAACACAUGCAGUGACCUCUCAUCACGGGACGAACAGGUCACAUGGCAGAAAGUAUUGCAACUGUCAAGGAAGCCCAAAGGACGUAUUCCCAUGGCACCUUUCACGCACAUGGUGCAGAGUUUAAAAAGUCUGAUUGGUUUAUCUCAAUGCCACGACAAUGACAACCUGCUGGCUCUAACCAAUCGGGAGGUGAGGGGGGCCUUUGAGGAAUUUCUCCUCCCAGCCAAAACUGACAGAACCAGAGCUCACCUCGUUCUGGCAGGUCAUCUGUGGGCACUGGCUGACCAGCAGGGCACAGAUACCUUCCUUCAUUGUGAGGCCAACUCUGUCAAGCAGCUGCCGUCCAACCUGAUUCAAAGUGGCCAACUGGAGGCACUUUAUUCUCUGCUUGCCAGCUACUACUUCCUGUACGCUAAUGUGCGCCACAGCCUCCUACACCACCUUCUUGAGAUCUACAGCUCCUGUGAUGACAAAAGCAAGUGUGUGCAGUCAUAUGAUGGCUUCGCGGAUCGUCUAAAACUGCUGGAGUGCUGGAGUUUCGUGCAGCGCCACUCCUUCCUGCUCUCAUCCUGGCCGGCUCUUUGCAUUCAGCAAGCCCUCAACGAGCCUCCUGAGACCUUUGCUCACACCUGGGCACAAGGCCUGAUGGGAAAAGGUGGAGUCCGAGUAGUCGAGUGGCUGAACAAUGACUAUGAGGAGAAACUUCGAGGGCUCAGGAAGCUUGUGUCGACCUUCUCCUCAGCUCCGACCUGUUUGGUUUUGAGCUCAGAUGAAGCUCAGAUGGUGGUUGGCACCAGUCAGGGAACACUGCAUUUCUUCAACACAAAGACCGGACAGGAGGUGAAAUCGAUGGUGAGCAGCUGUGACGGCAUUUCAAGCUCCGUCUUUCUGAAGGACGGACGUCUCGCUACCACCUCCUUUGAUGGACGAGUAGAGUUCUGGGACAUCGAAAGUGGCUGCAGGUCUGCUGUUAUUAAUGCCCACACUUACGCGAUAACAGCAAGCGACGCCACUGAAGACAUGAAGCACCUUGCAACUGCGUCUCUGGACUCCAUGCUUAAAGUGUGGUCUUCGACUAAAGGUCACGAGGUAGCGUCCCUGCCUGGCUCUGGCCCCUUAAACUGUGUGACCUUUGACCCCGAGGAUCGCCUGCUGGCUGCUGGUUGCUGGAAUGGAAAUGUGAUUAUAUGGAACUGGCUCCAGAAUAAAACUCAAGUGUCGCUGUCCGGUCACCAGUCCUCAGUGCGCAGCGUCUCCUUCUCCUCCUCAUCCAUGCUCUGCUCUGGCUCCAUGUCUGGAGAGGUCAGGGUGUGGUCAGUGCCCACCUCCACCUGUGUGGGAUGUUUCCAGGCUCACACCGGAGCCACGGAGGCCCUCACCUUCCUGUGUGAAGGGAGCAUGCUGCUGAGUGCUGGCUCUGAUCACAUGAUCCAGCUCUGGUCAGGAGGACUUGGGCGUGCAGACACUGCAUUAAUAAAUGAUGAAUACGAGGUGGAGCCUCCUCCGAAGAAACGGAAGUCUGUAUCCUCUAGGCCCGCUGCUCUGUGUGUGGCUGUUAAUGGAGCGUAUGCUGCUGUUGGAUACCAUGGAGACGGCUUCAAAGUCUACAGUCUUGAUACAGGGGAGCAAACAAGGGAAGAAGUGUCAUGGAUUGAAUGUCUCCCACAGGGGGUCAAAAGAGCUGAGAAGAUUUGGGCCCCCAGAUAUCUUGACGUGUCCGUUCUGUGCAUGCUGUGGGUCGUUCUGGACGCGGAGAAGAAGGAACCUGAGCUGCUGCUGACUGCAGGAAGUGACAAGCGUGUGAGGGUGUGGAAGAGAAAAGGAGGAGAGGAGGGGAUGCUGGGAGGCCUGGAGGAGCAGGGAUUAUUUGGUGCCCAAUCAGGCGUCGUCCUGGCAUUAGCGCAAAACUCCACAUACCUGGCCUCAGCUUCAGAUGACUGCACCAUUUUUCUGUGGCUGCUCAGCGUUCUGGCUGAAGACCCCUGUAUGGACCCUCAUGCAGUUCUGAGGGGCCACACUGGAGGAGUCACCUGUCUGGCUUUCAGCCCCGAUGGUGGACAGCUGCUGUCUGGUGGGAAAGAUCAGGCCCUGAUGGUUUGGGAUGUUACUGCGUCUCCUCCUGCUCUCUCCAAGUCACUCCCCCACUCUCACAGAGACUGGAUCACCGGCUGUGUUUGGACUCCAGACUGUGUGAUAAGCUCAUCAAACGAUGGGAGGCUCUGUUUAUGGGAUCUGCUGGCAGGCGAAUGUCUGAAAGAAAUCUCCUGGAGGAGCCCUCUUACAUCUGUCUGCUGUGUGGGUCAGUAUGUGAUCGCUGGCUGUGCAGAAGGAGUGCUCCACGUUUGGACCUGGAAAACGGGUGUUGAAAUCUCCCACAUUGCUGCACACAAGCAGCGUAUCCAUCACUGCUCCCUCCUGCCAAAUACAGAAGUCAACCCAGAAGAGAUGUCUGUUUUCACUGCGUCUGACGAUGGUAUAGUGCAGCUCUGGAAACCACUACAGGUGGAGCACAGCAUGACCUUCCAGGGUCACAGCGGUGCAGUAUCUGCAGUUUCUUGCUUUGGAAGGUCCCCAGAUUUCUACACUAUUUCUGAAGACCGCUCGUUGCGAUCCUGGUGUUGGACAGAACAGGGAUCUCCAACACAGAAAGGCUCAGUCACAGCUCUCUGCUUCUCUCCCGGAGAUGAUCUACUUCUCGCCGGUUAUGAAUCCGGUUUGCUGAGAUUAUGGCAACGCAAUGCCGUGGUUGGACAAAAGCAGACUUCUGACAGGGCCAUCACAGCAAUCUGCUCCAUGCCUGACAACCAGUUUGCUGUCGCCUACAUGGGACCUGUUGUUGAUGUGUGGAAGCUAGUGUGGAAUAAACAACACGGCACCGCCAGCCUGGUGAAGGUCAACACGUACAACGUGACAAAACCAGUGAUCCACCUCAGCUACUGUUCAGUCCUGAUUGGUGUGUCACGCAUAGGACAAAUAUUCAGCGUCCCAUCUGACAAUGACGACAACAUGUGGAACUACAGAGUCACAUCUUGGGAGGAUAAUGUCCGAGUUUUGGGUAUCAUCCGUAAUGACGAGAAAAGCAUGUGGCUGGUGGGCGAAUCAGAGGGAGAAGUUCACAUUGGCUUCAUUUUUGGCAUGGGCCCCAAAACCCACAUCAGUUCAGCUUUCAGUAUGUUGAACCUGGAGACCAAUGAUGAGGAGAAGAAAAGGAGCAUGAUAUCAGCUGUAACGAUGAAAGGAGACUUUGUCGUGUGUGGAGACAGGGAGGGCAACAUGUGGUUCAUACAGCCUCCGGAGCCUUCCACAUGGAGCAACAGAAAACCUGCCCAUAGCGACAGGAUCAGUGUGCUGAGACUCACUGACCGCAUCAUCAUCUCCGCCUCCCACGACAGGACAGUGAAGCUGUGGGACAGAAAGACAAAGAAGCAGGUGGGAAUGUUUGUGUGUGAAGGACCGGUCGUGAAUUUGGAGGUGAACCCUAAAACACCCACCGAGCUGGUCUGUGGUGACGUGCAGGGAAAGCUGUACUUCCUGUCCUGGAAAGAAUGAGACUUAAAAUACUAAAAACUUAAUUCAGCAUUUAAGAAAAUGUAACUACACAAACCAAAGGUUGUUUAGCUUCCUCUUCGCUUCCAUUAUAGUGAAUGUGCACCAUAUGUAUUUACAAAAAACUCUUAAGUAAAAUUAUUUACUCCACAAUAAAGGAGUCCUAUGUUUACAUGUGCCUUUUAAUUUAGAUAGUAAGUGAAACUUGCAAAUGUAACAAUCAAGUGUAAAGAAUAUGUUUGAAUUUUGAAAAUAUCAGUUUUGUGUGAGCUGAAUUAUUUCUUUUAGUUGAAAAUUGUAUGUGGAAAGAGAAAUGUGGGAUAUGAGACACUUGAAGUGGAAAAAGAUGGUGAAAAAUAAAAUCUUUUCUUUGACACUAAAGUUAUGUUC